AUGGCUUACCUGCCGCCCGAUAUCAUGGUCGGCGAGCAGCUCCAGUCGGCUGAUCUGGACGCCCUCAGCAAGACCCCUGGCAACCACCGCGUACUCUCCAAACCCACUCUCUACACCCUCGACACAGCUUGCGUACUUUCCGUGCUUUGGCCACGCCCGAGGCAGAUGAUGGAGGAGCCUAUGGAAGACCUGCCACCCGAAGUUUUGCUGUUCGACGACAAGUUGAGAGGGUACACGGCGCUCUACACAGCGGCGGUCUUUGAAAAGACCGCAGUAGCUGGCAUACUACUUGAUGUCGGUGCUACCAUUUGA